CGGUAGGGGCCCGGUUUGCGCCUGCGCCGUUGCGGAGGUGGGGCGGCAGAUGGCAACUGAAGAUGGCGGAGGGGAAGGAGCCGAAUAACAAGUGGGUUCGGCUCAAUGUCGGGGGCACUCACUUUCUGACCACCCGCCAGACCCUGUGCCGCGAUGAGAAGUCGUUCCUGUACCGCCUGUGCCAGGAGGAGGGGGAGCUGCUGUCGGACCGGGAUGAGACGGGAGCGUACCUAAUUGACCGGGAUCCAACGUACUUUGGGCCAAUACUGAACUAUCUCCGACAUGGCAAACUUGUCAUCAACAAGGAACUAGCUGAAGAAGGGGUUCUAGAAGAAGCCGAGUUUUACAACGUAGCACCUCUCAUUAAAUUAGUGAAAGAGAAGAUCAAAGAGCGAGACUGUAAACCUACACAGAUUCCCACCAAACAUGUUUACCGAGUUCUUCAGUGUCAAGAGGAAGAGCUGACCCAGAUGGUUUCCACCAUGUCUGACGGUUGGAAGUUUGAACAGUUGGUCAGCAUUGGAUCUUCCUACAACUAUGGGAAUGAAGACCAGGCAGAGUUUCUGUGUGUUGUUUCCAAGGAGCUGCAUAACACCACCAAUGGGAUAAGCUGUGAACCAAGCCGGAAAGCUAAGCUUUUACAAGCAAAAGGCUCAACAAUGUGAGAGGAUGCGUUCAAUCCACCUUUUCUUCCCUUUUUAUAUAAAUGAUGUGUAUCCCACUCUACGGACAAUGUGGAAUUCUACAGCAUAUCACAACACCAAAAGCCAUAGCAGGACACACACAACUGUUUCUGCAAUUUUAUUUCUUCUUAAAUUCUCCUUUUGUUGUUAAAUGCAGAUUUUCUUUCCUCUUUGGGUUUAAGAGGACAGGUGCGGGUUCACUCCUCGCAAUCUCAGUACAUGCAGCCUUUCUUGGGGAAUACCGUUUAUUUCUGUGUUGUUGAUUGCAGAAGGCUGGAGAUUCCUUACACAAAGGACAUUGUGGUACUUUUGUACCAAAGGCAUUUCUGAUGCUGGCAGGAUAACGGCAGCUAAUUUAUUUUUUUAAAGUGGAACAAUUAGUGGUGGUAACACUAUUGGACUUCGCCGCACUGGGCAAAACUUUGGACAGCUCAGCCGCCAUUUUGAGGUCUGCAAUGCAUGUUAUCAAUGUAGACAUCGUAGAGCAAGUGAAUAUUAACAAGAUGCCAUCGUGUUCUCCCCGGUUUUGUGUUUUUUGUUUACAGAUGGUCGGGGCCAAAGCUUUGAGUAGUUGAGAUGCUGGGACUGGGGAGUGUACUUGAAAAUGUUAACUUUUUAAAUGAGAAUUUUUUGGUACAUUUUAGCUUUAGCUAUAAGUAAAAGGUAAGACUAAUCUAUAGUGAACACUUUUUAAAAAUAAAAUAGUUUUGAGGUGGCUGGCUGAGGGUUUAGAUUGAACUGCCAGCUAUUUAGUUUUGGUGAUAGCAUUGAUAAUACAACAGUAACGUGGAUAAAUAUUGUGUGGAAAUACAUUUUUACUCAUUGGUCCUGUAUUUUUUUUAAUGGAAUUUCUGAUUUUGUUUUUAAUGAAAUGGGGUUGUUGAAGCGAGUAUGCCUCUCUCACAUUGGAGAGUUUUAAAAAUCCCCAACUCAGAGCCUUUGUGCACUCCAUCAGGUUUUAAAAUGGGGCUGAACAAGCUCACUUCCAGUCUUCGCGUGUAACAAAGCUGAGUGGUUUGGAAUACUUCGACUGGCAAGAUAUCACGACUCAUAUUCUAAGUGUUAUGACCACAGCCGAUGUUAAUUGCUGCGCAAAGCUUACCCUUUUUAUUUUGUACUCUGAAAACGAGAAGGUAAGGUAUUGAUCUCUUCAGCAGGAACACUUUUGGGAUUUUAAAAAUUAAAAGUAAAAGGUUUAUUAACAAGAAUAAAAGAAAACUUAAGCACACAAGAUUAUACUUAGUAUUAGUCUCACAGCACAUUCCCCCUAAAAGACUUUCUACUUGAUCAGACCCACAAGUAAACACCUUUCAGCUAACACUCCCUUAUUGAUGUUUAACUAUAAAAAUGCAGUAAUAUUACCCAAAGCAAACUGCUGUAGCUUUAUUAAAGGCACACCACACGACCCUUUAAACUCUUUUCCACUCUGCUAUGGACAUCCAAGGUUUCAGAACAAAACUGCUUGUUGCAGCUCAAGACUUUUCUGGCUUGACAGUAUGGCUGAUUCAAACUGCAUCUUCUCCCUGCCCAGAGCUACCAGCUCAGCUCCAGCUACAGCAACUCUAAAAUAUCAUUUGUCUCCUUUCUUCUCAGGUUCCAUUGUUCUCGCACCUCUUUAAAGCUCAAAUCCUUCCAAAUAUAAAACCUUUCAUGUCUCUGUUUUGUCUUUGCUUUCAAGCCAAUAAAAUACAUCCCCUCUUCUGUUUACCUGUGAAAUUCCUGCAAGAUGCAAACGUUUCUUGUUCCCUCUGACUUCCCUUUAAUAUUCAAACUAUCAACUUAUUUAAAAAUGCAAAUGCUAGAUCUAACCUAUUGUACCUCAAACCUAACACUUCUAUCCUUUCUCAUGUUUUAAACACCUCAGAUAACCUUUCUCCUAUAAGCCUCUACCCAGCUUAAUUAAAUUAUACACGCACACAGCCUUCUUUACAGAAUAAUUUAAUAUUCCCCCAAAAUAUUUUUAAAAGCCUCCAUUUCUCUCACAAGUAAAGGUGGAAUAACUGGAUAUAUCCAUAAUGGAAAAAGAAAAUGCUGGAAAUGUGUAGGCUGCUCAGCACGUAGAAUAACAGGUUAGUAAUGUCCUGGGUGUUAGGGUUGCCAGCUUUAGUUGGGCGUAUUUCUGGAGAUUCCAUCACAUAACCACCCAUAUCACCCAGCAUAAACAACCUUUUCCUCCCAACUCCAAUAUUUUUUUGUGACUAAUGAACAGAAGUGUUCAGUGAAAAAUGGGGAAAAAACCCAAUAUUAAUGCCUCCUUUAAGCUUCUCCUGGGUGCUUUUUGGUGCCUUGGAGAUGAAACCUUAAUCUUGGAGGGUUUGCACCUUCUUCAGGUAGAAACCUACAACAAAACAGAGCGUGCAUUCCCAACCCCCAGAAAUACUGAGCUCUUUUAACUCGGCAAGUAGGAUUGUUUGCUCUAUGAAGAAGUGAAAAGGGUGCAUGAACAGGAAUGUUAUUGUCCAUAAGAAAUUCACUUCAAUAUAAUUUGGGAAAAGCCAGCCUGCUUCUGUGCAAAUGAAAGCCACAAGAAGCAUUGCCUAUUUGAGCUGGUGUUUGUAACCGAGUUGGAAAUCGUACAAUGGAUGUGAUAGCACCUGGAAAAAGGCAUGGCUGCUAAAGCAUAGCAGGACAUUAAAAUCUUUCAGCACUGUAGUAGCAAGGGGGCUAUUGGAGAAGCGGCUGGAACAUUUGAACUCCAAAUGAGCUGGAAGCCAAUGAGCACAUCAGGCAACAUUAUAAUGACUUCCUCAAAGUGUUCCCAAGGCAGGACAUGAACAAAGUACUCCCCCUACCCCCACACCCAACCCUCUGAAAGGGAACUGAAGUAUAAUUCAAAUACUUUAGUAUAACUGAGAUGGGCAAUGCUUCUUAGAAAAGCUGGGACCGUCAUAUCAGAUGCAUUCUAUGGGGCAAAUGGUAGUUAUUCUAGAGUGCUGAGAGAGAUGAGGGAAGAGUUUUAUGAGGGACUGACUAUUACGAAGGGGGUCGGUGGAAUCUGACUCCGGGAAGUGCUAAUAUCUUAAAAACAGGCAAAUGGGGCGCCCAAGUUCAAAGAGCGUGGCAAAACAGAUUCCAACAAUGCAGGAUCCCGUUGGGUAAUGAGAACUGACUGAAGAAUGUGAUUUUCCAAUAAUAGAAUUAAAUGUAUUAUAACGAGAUAAAUUAGUUUAGCUUCAAUUUAAAAUGGAAUUAAUUAUUGGAAGUAAAGUUGAGGAUUAGCUCUAUAACAGCCUGAUAAACAGCAGUCAACAAAACUUCACAAAGGCUGUGAUCCUGCCUUCAACCUCAGUUGAACUAUUCUUGAUUUCUUUAAGGAAAUGACGCAAGAUACUGGUAAACCCAUGGCAUUGAGAAUUUGUAAUUUGAAAAGACACAAAAGAGGACUACUUAAGCUCAAAACUAUGGUAUUCAGGGAGUUAGUCUGGAAAGAUGAUAUUUCAGAGGGGAUCUGAUGGUGGUAUGUUACGGUUCGGAGGUAUAUUAAUGAUAUGGCGAGGCUAAUGUAGAAUAAUACUGUGGAAGUAGGACAGGCUCAAACUGUUAAAAGGUGCUGACUUUAGGAGUUCUUCACACAAACAAUGAUCAACACUUGGAAUGGACUUGUCAGUAGAGUGGUGGAGGAGAAUACUCUGAUAUUAUGCUUGAGUUAUAAUGGAUUGGAUGGCUUUUCUCCGUAAGUAUCUUGUGAUCAUUCUCUUUCAGCAGGUGCCAUGUAGUUCCAGCCUUUUUUAAAAUCCUGAAGGUCAAGUCAAAACUUAAAAGUGGUUGUCAGCACUAAAAGUAUAGCUGGCUCUGAUUUUCCAAAGGUGAACAGUUGUCUGUGCACACCAAGACUCUGCUUGGAGAUAUUUCCUGAAGACAAUUGUUGGUACCAUCCAAAUCUUCCAGGGGUGACUUGCAUGUGUCCUCUGUAGAUGGGAAUCAUUUGUUGGGGAGUUGUUUGACCAAACUGGUUGUCGUCCACAUUGCUGAGGAAACAUGCGUUCCUUUAUGCUACUGUUUUGUUUAUUCAUGACUUCGGUUGAAUAAAGCUCCUGGUAUCUCAA